AUGUCCACGUUCAGUCAAUAUCUUUUAGAUAAAUACAGUGAUAUAUUCACAAAGGCAACAACGCAUUCAUUCACCACAGAGUUAUGUAAAGGGACAUUACCAGAUGAUAAACUGUUAUUAUAUUUAAUUCAAGAUCUGAAAUUCUUCCAAGUUGGUAUCAGAUUAACUUGUAAAUUAGCUUCAUUAUGUGAUUCAGAUCCUGAACAAAUUACACUAGCUAAACAAAUUGGUUUUUUCGCAAAUGAUGAAAAUGAUUAUUUCCAAAUAUGUAUUAAACAACUAUCAGAACAUACCAAAAUUGACCAAUCUGUCUUAUUACCACAAGUUGAAACUUAUGUUGCAUAUCUUAGAAACCUUUUAGUUUCAAACAAUUAUUCUUAUAAACAAUUAGUUACUGCACAUUAUUUGAUGGAGGAAGUUUAUUUGAAAUGGGCAGAUGAUGCCAUUGAUCAAGGUAUUAUCCCUGCAAAUAUUGAAUGGAAACAUAAAGAAUGGAUUGAUUUACAUAGUGGUGAAGGUUUUAGUACAUGGGUUAAAUUCUUAAAAGAUGAAGUUGAUAGAGUUGGUGAUGAAACAUGUGAACAAAUCUUUGUUGAUAUGUGUAAAUUGGAGUUUGAGUUCUUUGAUGCUUGUUACAACUAUAAUUUUUGA